GUGGAGACGACGAGAGUGGGUUGUUAUCGGUGGGAGUGGCCGCCGCCGUCCUUUGCGGGAGUAGGACUGGAAGCCGAGCGGACAGCGCGGCGAGUGCAGCUCGCACUAGCGACAUUUCCCCGUCAGCCUCUCAGCGAAACAGCCGAGGCGAGCGCGAGGGAUGGCGGAGAACAACUCGGAAAGCAGCGGCUCCGUUCAUCGCCGGUGCUUGAGCCAUUCUUCGGCGGACCGAAGCCCCACGCCCGGUGCGGGCUCGUCCAAAUGGAUUCGGCUAAACGUCGGCGGGACCUAUUUUUUAACAACUAGACAGACGUUGUGUCGGGAUCCCAAAUCGUUUCUUUACAGGCUGAGCCAAGCUGACCCGGAGCUCGAUUCCGACAAGGAUGAAACUGGUGCCUAUCUCAUUGACAGAGACCCUACUUACUUUGGGCCGGUGCUCAACUACUUGAGGCAUGGCAAACUGGUGCUCAACAGGGACUUGGCAGAGGAAGGGGUCCUGGAAGAAGCUGAAUUUUACAACAUCACAUCAUUAAUAAAGCUCAUCAAGGACAAGAUCAGGGAAAGGGACUGCAAAACAUCGCAGGUGCCAGUUAAGCAUGUGUACCGAGUACUUCAGUGCCAGGAAGAAGAACUCACACAGAUGGUGUCCACCAUGUCGGAUGGCUGGAAGUUUGAACAGCUGGUCAGCAUCGGUUCAUCUUACAACUACGGCAACGAAGACCAAGCCGAGUUCCUGUGUGUUGUCUCCAAGGAGCUGCACAAUCAAUCCUACGGGACAAACAGUGAACCCAGCGAGAAGGCAAAGAGCGACGAUGAAGACACGGAUUAUGAAAUGAAUGAUUCUGAUUAGGGUUGAGCACUUAUGACUCACUGAUUCUUCAGGAAAGGGGUUCCCGUAUGUGAGGACGACUGAGUAUUAUGAGCUGCAGGUGUUAUGAUGCAAACAUAUCAUCCUCAUGGAAGACUAUUUGGCACAAGAGGAGAUUGAAGUGGGGGAGGGGGAGAGGGGUUGUGCAUUUAUUUUGUUUCCCGCCUCUUUUUUUUUAGUUUGAGUUCUUGAUGUAAAUAUGACUGCUUACUGACAAAUUGGUGCCUGUACAUUUCAACUGGAACUUGGGGCAGGUCUUUUUUUUUUUUUCUUCAGCUAAUUGAAAAAACAUGGCCGUCAUAUCAGCCAGUGAUUCUCUCAGGGUCAUCUAUCUAUCUAUCCAUCUAUCCAUGUAUCUAUCCAUCUAUCUACUGACUUAAUUAUACCCUCCAACUUGAUCUGGCAAGGGAUCUGGAUGCUCUUUGUAAUUCAAAAGCGUCACGUUGUUUGGAGAUGGCAAGAAGUGAAUUUGCAUUUAUUUAAAAAAAAUACAAGACCUGAAGUUCAACCACUUUUCUACCCUUUUUUAAGCAGCUUUACUGAGAUUUGUGGUCAUGGUACCUACUUUAUCAUUCUGUAGCGCCAUGCACUGUGUGUCUUCCAAUAAGGCCUCUUUCCUCCGCAGAUGCAUGUGGUGAUAAUAGUUCAACCUUUUCUCUGCACUUAAAUAAGACAUUUCUGACUCAAGAUUCAUUUUAAAAGAUCCGCUGUGUUAAAUAAUUGAAUAGGACAAAGCAUGUUUAUACAUUGGCAGUGAACUGCUUUUAUAUGCUGCAGUUCUAGUUUACAGUAAUUUCCAGUGUCAGGAACAUCAUAUUUUCCCCCAGACUGGCUUUUAUUGAUUAUAUUGUUUUUGCUUGGGGGAACAUCUCUUUUUUAUAUAUCAUUUUAGGGGGUAGAAGUAUUUCGGGGUGUAGCGGACUGGAACUGUUUUUCUUUUUUAUUUUUAUUUUUUUUUAAGGACAGUUAACAAAUCUCUUCAUAUCUAGAGAAAGUAGUUUUGGUGUAAAUAAUAUUAAAAAAAAAAAAAAAAAAGAACAAUAUGUAUAUUUAACUCUUUUUUUUUAAAAAAAUGCACGUUUUGUACACUGUAAAGAAAACCACAACUUCAAAUGGAAGUUAUCCUGGAUCUUUAAAAAAUAAAAAAUAAAAUAAAAAAUUUCCUUGUUUUGCAUAGUUUGUACAGGAUUUAAGAGAUUUCUGAGUGAGAUUGAACAAGGUGUCUUUUCACUGAGAACAUGCCUCUACAUGUUUUAUUAACAAUAACAAAGCCAUACUUGGCUUCGAAGUUGACUGUUACAUAAUAUAUUUUUUUCUCCUGCCGUGUGAUAGAUUCUACUAGACAUUUUUUUAAGUGUAAUUUAUACACAGCAUUACAAGCACUACAGUGGGGGGAAAAAAACGACACUGUGCACAUUGCUAACAGCCUGUUACUGUAAAUACUGCAAUCUAGAACUUUUUUUUUUUUUUUUUAAACAUUAUUUUCAGGUUUGAUGUGCAGUUUUGAUAGGUUGAAUAUUUCAUCACAAUUGAUAAUUUGGUGUUGCCUUUAUUUUAUUUUCUUCUCUCUCUCUCUCUCUCUCUCUCUCUCUCUCUCUCUCUCUCUCUCUCUCUCUCUCUCUCCCUCCCUCCCUCCCUCUCUCCCCCCCCUCCCUCCCUCCCCUUCCCCCUACUGACCAAAAUCCAAUGUCUUACGUGUAUUGCACACUGAUCUUUUGUGUCACGGAAGAGCAAACCUUUUCUUAUUGCCGGCACACUUUGUACAUAUGGACUCGUUAACAACACUCCCAUUUAUUCACGCAUCCACUUGACUAAAGUUUCGUAAGUAUGGAUGCAUGUUUUUGAUAUAGAUACACAUUUCCCCUCACACAAGGGCUUUUUAAGUAAAAAAAUAAUAAUAAAGUAAUUUUAGAUUAAGAAAAGGGUUCAAAUGGAGUAGACUGGAUGUCCUGCGAGUGCUAGGCUGUGUUUACAUUUGCUGUAGUAUUCUGAAGCCUUCCAAUGUUUGUACUACGUUGCACUCCCUUAUGCAUGUAAACGGUGUGUGACUUGCACCUCCGACAGACAACAAGCAGUCCACGUGAAGUGAGGACAGACAUGCUGACUGAUGUUACAGCGCUCCAUCCACCCACUCGAGCGACACAGACAAU